AUCCAAUACCUCUCCCUCUUAUAUAUUUACACGCUUCAAUUCACUUUACUAAACAUUGACAUUGCAUUCACUCCCGCUAUUUGGUGGGUUGCUGAUCAGUCUUCAAUCAAAUUUCACUCGCUCUCAGUUUUCAACAAUCACAAUGACUAAUGUAGUGGAACUGAAAGUGGGUUUACACUGUGAGGAAUGCAUCAAGAAAAUCUUGAAAGCUAUCAAGAAAAUACAAGAUAUAGAGACAUAUAAUGUAGAUAUUGAGCUCAAUAAGGUCAUAGUGACCGGCAAUGUUACUACAGAAGAGGUCAUCAAAGUCAUUCACAAGAUUGGCAAGACUGCAACCACUUGGGAAGAAUAUUCAACAAAUUCCUAACUUGAUGAGAUCUUAACUACUUGGUAAGAUCACACACCAAAGACUAUCAGAUGUAGCUAUGGGGAUUUUGAGCUUCACUUACACAAAUGUGUGCUCCAAUUUCUAUAUAAUUAGAAAGAAAGAAAUCUGUAAAAGGCCUAUCUUUUACGAUAGUUGCUUUCAAGAAUUUCAAAUUUAUGUUCUUUACAUAUAUAAAUAUCAGUAAUAUUUUUUUUUUUUGGGUUAA